UCGCACAACCUGCUGUGCCGCUCACAUCCGGGUGCUGCGGCCCGGGCCGGUGGCUGUCGCUCGGCGCAGCCGCCGUUGUCGCCAGACGGUGGGAACCGUCGCUGCCGUAACUCCGUUGCUUCUCCGGCAUGUCUUGGCCUCCUCUCGCUCUCACGGAUCGUAGUCAUCGACGCCCGGUGAAUGCUCUCGUGCUGAAGGACGUUUCGCCGUCUGUCUGGGGGAGUGGAGUGCUGAACAUAUUGUGGAAAAAUGGGAGCUUUUCUGGAUAAACCAAAGAUGGAAAAGCACAAUGCUCGUGGUGAGGGGAACGAUCUGCAUUAUGGACUGAGCAGUAUGCAAGGCUGGCGAAUUGAGAUGGAAGAUGCACACACAGCAGUCAUUGGCUUGCCACAUGGACUUGAGGCAUGGUCAUUCUUUGCAGUCUAUGAUGGGCAUGCUGGUUCCCAAGUUGCCAGAUAUUGCUGUGAACAUUUGUUGGGUCACAUCACCAGCACACUUGAUUUCAAAGUUAGUGAAGAUCUGACAGACCUUACUGUGGAAAAAGUGAAGAGUGGAAUUCGAACAGGUUUUUUGCAGAUAGAUGAGCAUAUGCGAACAAUCUCUGAGAAGAGGCAUGGUUCAGACAGAAGUGGGUCAACAGCAGUGGGUGUCAUGCUUUCACCCAAGCAUAUUUACUUCAUCAACUGUGGAGACUCACGAGGAUUGCUCUGUAGGAAUGGACAGGUCCAUUUCUUUACACAAGAUCACAAGCCGAGUAACCCACUGGAGAAAGAGCGCAUCCAGAAUGCUGGUGGCUCUGUGAUGAUUCAGCGCGUGAAUGGUUCCCUUGCUGUUUCAAGAGCACUUGGGGACUUUGAUUACAAGUGUGUGCAUGGGAAGGGACCAACAGAGCAGCUUGUCUCGCCAGAACCUGAGGUUUAUGAAAUUGAGAGAAGGGACAAUGACCAGUUUAUUAUCCUAGCAUGUGAUGGCAUUUGGGACGUCAUGGGGAAUGAAGAGAUCUGUGAAUUUGUUAAGUCCAGACUGGAAGUUAGUGAUGACCUUGAGAAAGUUUGUAACCAGAUUGUUGACACAUGCUUGUACAAGGGGAGUCGGGACAACAUGAGUGUCGUAUUGAUUUGCUUUCCAAAUGCACCAAAGGUGUCGCCAGAAGCAGUGAAAAGAGAAGCUGAGUUGGAUAAACAUCUGGAGAACAAAGUGGAAGAAAUCUUUGAGAAGCAGGGUGCUGAGGGGGUGCCAGAUGUAGUCCACAUGAUGCAUGCUUUGUCGUCGGAGAUCAUCCCAAACCUCCCACCGGGAGGUGAACUGGCCAGCAAGCGGAGUGUUAUUGAAGCAGUUUACCACAGACUGAAUCCAUGUAGAGCUGAUGGUUCUGGGUUGUCUAGAAAUUUCUGCAUUUGUGGGCACUCGAGACUUUAAAGAGUUAUAUUUCUUCUUUUUAUCAAGGAACCAUCAUUCCCAGAUGACAUGUGGUAGCUGCCAACCAGGACGAUUGCACACAUCCACAAACAAGGCCAUCAAGUAUCCAUGAAUCACACAAGUCUUCACAAGAUUGUUUAAUUUUGCAAAAAGAUUUCAGAGGAUGCGAAUGCAAUAUUGAAAUUCUGCAAUCAGCAAUGAUUCAGCAAGGAUGUGAUUUGUUUAGUGGCUGGAAAUACACAUGAUUGAAUUAUUUUUACUACAGAUUGGGCAUUUUUGAUUUAAUCCUGUUAACUUGAAAGUGCAAUUUUGUCUUUUUUUAAAAGCUUCUAUUUAAUGGAAUAUGACCUUUCAAAGCAUAUUGAAUAGAUAACUUGAUGUCCAUAGCUGGUACAGAUGUAACAGUUGAGCAUCCAGAUUAUCAAAACAAGAAUCUUGCAUCUAACUUUUCAAUUUAUUUCCCAAUGCCAGAGUAUUUGAAUGGUCUAAAAUUAAAAUUUCAGGUUUGGCAGACUGAACUUGUAAAAUAAAUGCUCACUUAUUGAUUAUCUUAUAGAUCACACUUGUAUGAUAACAUUACUGUGGACUUUAUAAAAGCUGACUUUUA